AUGGACAACCAAUCGCCCGUCAUGUUGUUCAAGGUGAUGAACAUCAAGCCCGAGCGCCAGAAGGCGACGCACUGCGGCGUGUUGGAGUUCAGCGCCGAGGAGGGCCGUUGCUACUUGCCGGCGUGGAUGAUGACCCAGCUCGGGCUCGAUGAGGGCGAUGCUGUUCGUGUCGACUCGGCCGUUCUGCCUAAGGCUACCUAUGCCAAGCUGAAGCCGCAGAAUCUCGAGUUUUUGCAGAUAACUAAUCCCCGUGCCAUGCUCGAGGUCGAGCUCCGCAAGUGGGCCUGUCUGACGAAGGACGAUCGCAUCCGUGUCGUCUACAACGAGCAGCAGCUCGACUUCAUCGUCCAAGAUUUGAAGCCGAAGAACGCGGUGUGCAUCGUGGAGUGUGACGUGAAUCUCGACUUUGAUGCGCCAGAGGGGUACGAGGAAACGGCGAGACCGGGCAGCAGCCGUGGCCCGAACGUGAUGCCGGUUGCGCCGAUGCCCCAGGCUGCGCCGGCCAGCGUCGCCAAGAAGCUCGUCCCGUUUGCUUCUGGCGGCCAACGGCUUGACGGCAAGAAGUCACGCCACAAUUCCGAAGUGUCCACCGUCGACGAGAUCACCAGCACCACCGAGAUCCCCGAGGCGUUCUGCAUCCCGGACUACCAACCCGGCCAGCUGAACUUUGUCCGUUGUGACUACAAGUGCCGUGAAGUGUUGCUGGAGGAGCAGCGUGAAGCCGCCAAAGCUGGCCCUGGCUUCUCCGUCUUCGAGGGCUCCGGUGCCACCAUCCGCAAACCGAGAUAC